UCUUGGGUCUAUGGGACAAAGUGAGGCUGUUGGGCACUAUGAAUCUGCUCCGGACAAUCUGAAAGGCACCACGUUUUGGAGAAAUCUCACAGCACUGAAGAGCCAGACCUCCAGCUUAAUGUAAACUAUCAUAGCUCCAGUGAAGUCAACAGAGCUGUGAAGCUAUAAUUCAUCCAAGGAACUUCCCAAAUGGUCAGUUCAUCUGUGCCUGCUUGCUUUGAACGUGACUCAUCAGGAUGCUUCUCACCUUCCUCAGUUUUCCAGGAUUGCAUUCUACAGAUUGUUUUUUGGUUUUUGUUUAAUCCUUUAUAUUCUUGAAGGCUACUGACUUGCAUUAGAUGCAAUGGGAAAAACAAAGCACGACCUCCUGCUGCAUGUCUUGGACGAGCUGUUAGAGGAAGAGAUAAAGAAAUUUAAAUUUAAACUCAAUCAUAUGGACUUGAGGAAAGGUUAUAAAAACAUCCCCAAGGGACAUCUGGAGAAAGCUGAUGUAGUACAGUUGGUCAUUCUGCUGACUGAAUACUACCAAGAGGAGUACGCUGUGGAGGUGGCGAUAAAUGUGCUGGAUGAUAUCAAUAAUAAGAUGCUUGCUGACUGGUUAAAAAAAGCAUCAGCUGAAGACAUUCUCCAGGAACCAAGACACGAUGCAGUGUGGAACACCAGAGUCAUGUCUGCAAAGGUCCCAAACAUUGACCACAGGGGAAACUAUAUAGCUUCCAUUAAGGAACAAUUUAGAAGACUAAAGGAUUAUAACGCUAAACCAGGAGAGUGGGUGUCUUUGGAAGACCGCUACACAAGGCUCUUUAUAGUAAAAAAACACCAUGAGACACAAGAUAAAGAACAUGAGCUGCUGUCCAGAGGCAGGAGACACACUGAGAUCAUGAAGAAGCCAAGAAAUGAUGAGGACUCCCACAUUACCGUGGAACACCUUUUUGACACAUUAGCAGAUGGCACAAGUACCAAAAAAGUGAUCUUGCAAGGAGUUGCAGGGAUUGGCAAGACCUCCACAGUUUGCAAAAUUAUGUAUGACUGGGCAUGUGGAAAACUUUACCAAGGGAAAUUUGAUUAUAUUUUUCACUGGAGCUGUAGGGAGCUAAAUCACAGAACAGAAACACUGAGCCUUGCUGAAUUAAUUUUACAAAACUGGAAAUCUCCAAAACCAGAGAUAAAGAAAAUUUUGUCUUGCCCAGAUAAAGUCCUGUUCAUUAUUGAUGGCUUUGAUGAACUCAGGUCUCCCAAAGAUAAUGAAAAUAAAAGUUUAUCCUGUGAUCUGGACACACCUCAAUCAACAGCGGCAGCUGUGGUAGAAAGCCUCCUCAGCUGGAGAAGCCUUUCAGAAGUAUGUCUGCUUGUCACAACAAGACCCUCAGCUUUAGAAAUGCUGGAGACCCAUCUGAAAGCUGACCUCUGGGCAGAGAUUAUGGGCUUCUUGGAAGAAGACAGAGAGGAAUACUUCAAAAAAUUCUUCAGAGAUGAAGAAAAAGCAGCCCUUGCUUACAGUUACAUCCAAGACAAUGAUGUGGUGUUCACUAUGUGUUUUGUUCCCCUUAUUUGCUGGAUUGUCUGUACAAGCUUGCGCCUCCAUCUGAGUUCUGUUGAAGACCUUGUUCAGAAGGCAAGCACCACCACCCAAAUAUUUACCCAUUUUUUGACUGUACUGUUGCAAUCCCAUGGUCGCCCACAGACAAAUACACAACAUCUUUUCCAUAACCUUGGAUUGCUGGCCUACAAUGGCAUGAAAGACCAAGAAGUGCUGUUUGAGGAAACCACGUUGAAGAAGUAUAACUUGGAAGUGUCCAAAGGUACAUCAACUUUUCUUACACAACUGCUAAAAGGAGACAUUAUUGUGGAAGCCGUUUAUAGUUUUGUCCAUUUGACCAUACAGGAGCUGUUUGCUGCCUUGUUCACCUUCUCAAACAAGGAGGCAGCUUUUAAGCUCUUGAAAGAAGCCUUCAUAGAAAAGAAAAGCCAUUUGAGCUUAACCAUUCGCUUUCUCUUUGGACUGAACAAUGACAGUUCAUUAAAGCCUCUGAAAAAAUACUACACAGUCACUGGUACAGGCAUCCCAAUGGGGGAGCUGCUGAAGUGGACUAAGAAAUCAUUUCUUUUUUGCCAGGGACAGGAUGGUCAGAGUCAUUUCCUUCUGGAACUUUUGCACUGUUUGUUUGAGAUACAGGAUGAGGAGUUUGUCCGAAAUGCCUUGGAAGAUGUCAAGGAAAUGGUCUUCCUGGAGAACAACCUAGGGCAAGAUGACCAGCAAGUGAUUCUUUACAGCCUGCAGCAUGCUAAAGAGUUCCAUAGACUCACAUUGGUUCGGUGUGGGCUGAAAGAGAAAUACGUGAUAAAGCUGCUUCCUUUGUUGGGGAAAUGCAAACAGAUCUAUUUGACUGCCUCUGGACUCUCCUUGUCCACUGUAAACAUGGUGUGUGCUCAUGUUUUGCAAAGUCUUAGAAUGACCAGGCUGCAGUUGGUGUAUGAAGGAGAUGACAGAAUGAACUGUAUAGUGGAAGCAAGCCGUGAGAGAGACCCAUGCACAAUAACUUUUGAUGACUUCCCUGAAGAAACUGUCACUGCAAUUUGUGACCAGAUUAUUCCAGCUCAUCCUGGCAUAGUUAGACUUGAUGUGAAUGGGAUUCAGGGAAGGCAGGCAUUCCUCACUGCCCUGAAGUAUAGUCUUCUGGAGUCAGAGUGCAAACUGGAAUCACUGGCCUUCAACAUUGAGAACCCCAAACACGAGGCUUUCCGGGACAUCUGUGAGCAUCUUGCCACUCACCAUAGCCCAGGAAAAUUACUCUUAUUUAGAAGAGAUUCUGAGGAUGAUAUACAUUUUGGAUAUGAGGCAAAGGAUGAGGAAAAGAGUGACAACAGACUUCAAAAGAAAAAGAAGAGCAAAGGAAGAAAGGGAAGAAGUGGGACACAGCCCCAGUGUUUUCAGUUGACAUGGUUUCUAAAGAAAAAGAAAAAUAGAGAAGAUGGCAUUGCAAUCCUCUCCUGUCUCCCUAAAGAGUACAUUGUGGACACCAUGCUGUGGGUCACCUCUAGAUUCACACCAAUGACCCUAGUCAUGGAUGACAAUUCCAUUGAUGACAAGCUGAUGGAAACAAUAUGUGAGAAACUGAACAACGCUGAGUAUAAACUUCAGUCAUUGAGCCUUAACUCUAACAUCCUAACCCAGGAAAGCAUGACUAGCAUCUGCUCUCUCUUCCACUGCAACACAGCAGUCUCCCUGAGUCUGCGGUACAAUUCUUUGGGGGAUGAAGGAGUCAAAAUACUUGCUGCAUGCCUGAAGAGCAAAGGGUGCACCCUAAAAAAACUGAGCUUGUCAUCCACGGCCCUCACAGAAGACUGUGUCCCUGCCCUCACCUCUCUGUUCUCCAAGAUGAACACCCUGAUGAAACUUGACCUGAGCUUUAAUAACCUUAGCAACAGUGGAGUGAAAGUCUUGUGCUCUGCCCUGAAAGAUAAGGAAAGUCGUCUUGAGAUACUAAACCUUGAAGCCAGUGGUAUUACUGAUGACUGUGAGCAGGAGUUCAUCCAACUAAUUGAAAACACUCUGUCCCUGAAAUACCUAUGUUUGGAUAAUAAUGAGUUCACGUCCAGUUCUGCAAGCCGUAUCUUUGGUGCAUGGGACAAAUACCAUGACAAUGAGGAAGAGGUGCAGGAUGAAGAGUGACUGAGGAGCAGAUAGUGCACUCAAUUCCCUCCUCUCUUCUGGGAAGAGUGGUGCAGAGCUAAGUAAGUUUGUUACAUGAACAUGCUGCUAGUGAAUGAAACUCCUGGGAUCUUUACAGUAAACUCUCUUUAUACAGAGCUAAGUACAACAUGAUAAGCAGCCGUGUAUCCAUCCUGUCUGCUGCUCAGCUAAGGGGCCUCUUCCCUGACCUGGACAGAGCAUCUCUAGGGAAGAGAUGAUAACUCAGAACUGUAAAAGUUAUUUUAAGGGUAUUUAGGUCCUAAGUUGCAUAGAUUUCAAUGGAAAUGAGGUGCUUAAGACCCUUUACAAAUCUUGCCCUUUGUUUGCAUCAUCUAGUCUCUGACUCUUGUAAUGAGACUGACAUGAGGUAUUAAAUGCAGGUGAUGGCAGAGAGAAUGAAAGCAGCAAGAAGCAACCCAGCUAUGCAAGCCCAAAAAUGGACAACCACAUUCUCAAAAAUCACCUUUAUCAAGAAUAAAGUCUCCAGAUCCUUCAGAGAGGCAAUGUGUGCAAAAUAUGACCAAGUCAGAGCUGGAACAGACUUGUUGUUCAUCAUAGUAGAAGAAACCAAGGAAAAUAACUUCUACUUUUAAAGAAAUAAUUACUUAUCUUUUCCUAAUCCUGAACUAUGCACAUCACCAUGAAUAGGACCAAAAUUCAAGGAUAACAUAUGAAUGCUGCCAGGUGUCACCCUCUGUGUAUGGUCUAAAAUUGAAAUUGCUAGGGGUGGUCUUUGUGUCACUUGCUCAGAUAAUACUUAGCAUCAUCCUUCAUAAUUGGACUUAAGAGCUACUUCAAUAAAAAAAAUGUAUGAAGCCA